GUUCUGAUAAAUGUCCUUUUAAACUAUGCACUAUACUAUUUGCCCAAACAGGUCAUCUUCUACGAGGACAGGAACUUCAUGGGCCGCUCCUAUGAGUGCAGCAGUGACUGUUCCGACAUGUCCUCCUACCUGAGCCGCUGCCACUCGUGCAGGGUGGAGAGCGGCUGCUGGAUGGUGUAUGAUCGGCCCAACUUCAUGGGAAACCAGUACUUCAUCAGGAGGGGAGAGUACCCUGACUACAUGAGCAUGUGGGGCUGGGGUAACAACUGGAUCAGGUCUUGCCGCAUGAUCCCCAUGUACCGGGGCAACUACAGGAUGAGGAUCUAUGAGAGGGAGAACUUCAUGGGGCAGAUGAUGGAUCUGAGCGAUGACUGCGACUCCAUCAUGGAUCGCUACCACUGGACCGGCGGAUGCCACUCGUGCCACGUGAUGGACGGCCACUGGCUCAUGUACGAGCAUCCUAACUACAGAGGCAGGAUGUGGUACUUCAGGCCCGGAGAGUACCGCAGCUUCAGGGACUACGGCAACAUGAACUUCAUGAGCAUGAGGCGCAUCAUGGAUUCCUGGUAUUGA